AGUCAGUCACUUCCUGUUUACGUUUUCACAAGUGACGUCACGAGGAUAACAUUUACCGAACAGUUUCAAAACUGAAACAGAGGAUAACUUGAGAAGCAACAAUCCGAUGUUCUUGUGACGUCUGAAUGCAAAUAUAUUUUAUCUGAGCUACAUACUGGGACAGCAGUGAGAUUCAGCUGUCCUGCUCAUACUUGACGACCGAAGGAAGCUAGCCCGGCUGCUAAGGGAAGCUAACGUUAAGUAGAUAGCCGAGAGCUAGCUAGAAACUCAACGGCACUUUAUCUUUUAACAGAGUGCUCAUCAUCUGUUAUGGAGAAUAAAUAUAACCUCAAGAGUCCAGCGGUGAAGAGGCUGAUGAAAGAGGCUGCUGAACUCAGGGAUCCCACGGAGCACUACCACGCCCAGCCACUGGAAGAUAACUUAUUUGAAUGGCACUUCUCGGUACGUGGGCCCCCAGAUUCUGAUUUCGACGGCGGGGUUUAUCAUGGCAGGAUCGUGCUUCCCCCAGAGUACCCCAUGAAGCCCCCCAGCAUCAUCCUCCUCACGCCGAACGGAAGAUUCGAAGUUGGGAAGAAAAUUUGUCUGAGCAUCUCUGGCCACCAUCCAGAGACCUGGCAGCCUUCUUGGAGUAUUCGAACUGCCCUUAUAGCGAUAAUUGGAUUUAUGCCAACGAAAGGAGAGGGGGCAAUAGGAUCUCUUGAUUAUACCCCAGAAGAGAGGAGGGCCCUUGCCAAAAAGUCCCAGGACUUCUGCUGUGAGGCUUGUGGCUGCUCCAUGCGCUCUGCCCUCCUGGCUCUGACCCCCAACAGCAAUCCCAGUGCAGAGGACCACAAGGCUAAAGAGCUGGCCCAGCAAAUCAACUUCAAGGCAGAGUCCAGUUUAUCCAGACAGGCGAGUGAGAGCAGAGGUGCAGAAAGCGAACCUUCCACACUCGCCCAGGGAGACGCCUCCACGUCUGCAGGCCAAGAAGCUUCUGAAGGGCCCCUGGCCGAGCAGGCAGAGGCAUCCCAAGCCACAGAAACAGAGGGCCCCCCGUCCCCCGCGGCCCCCAGCACCAGUCGCCCUCUCAGCCCCCGGCAGCGCCGUGCCCAGCAGCACAGCCAGCAGGGCCAAAGAGAUGGCAGAAACCCAGCCAGCAGGCCGGUCUUCGCCCCGGCUCCUCGCCAACCUCAGGAUGAAAGCCAUGCAGGCUCAGUAUUCCUUAUUGUGGUGCUCACCCUGGCCCUGGCUGCACUCAUCUUUCGCAGGAUCUACCUGGCUCAAGAGUACAAGUUUGACUACGAGCUGUGACGACACAGUUGGCUGCCCCCCUUCUCACAAUCAACUCAACCCCUCCUGCUACCACCCUAACAGGACUAUGGCCAGCUGAAGUGGAACCAGAGCCGAGGCGGUGGCUGGCUCUGACCUUCUGCCCUUCCUGCUUUUCAGCAGAAGGUUCAGUCUCCACUGAGGGGGAACUUUCAUUCCUGCAGAGGAGGCACUCCACUCACCACAACACCUCCAGGGUGUCUUUUAAUCAAUGUGAAUUUUACUCUCCAGUGUGUCAUGCAUAUUUAAAAACGGGAAGCUUUGUUGUGUUUGUGAUCAGUUCAGCAGCCACACACACCACAUGUACCCUUCCAUUUAAUUGUUCUGUGCUAGGGCUGCCGCUUGUUCCCAUUAUUUAACUAAAACUGUUCUAUAAUAUGUCAGAAAGGUUAUGGGGAUUUUUUUUCUUAAAGUAAUGAAUUAAUCAUGGGAGCAUCUGCACAGAGUAUAAAUGCUAUAUGAUUUCCUUUUUAUGUAUUUUUAAGCAUACUGGGCUUUUAAUGGUGCAAAUGCAAAAACCACUGUUACUUGGUGGAAUGGGUUCCUUUUCGGUUCAAAUACUUAGCUUUGAACUGGUCGCAGCAGGUUUUUCUUUUGCCUGAAGUUUGAAACUUGACAACAUCAGCGGGCGUUUAAUAUUCUGCAGUUCAGAAAGAGCAGAUGGGGUCUAAUCUUCUUAUCAUUAAUAAUUGAGCAGUGCCUUUUUUGGAUAGAACAAAUAUCUUGUGGUAAAUGGAUCGUAUUGAAUACAAUAUAGCAACAUUGUGCAUUUCAAGAAUAAAACAUGAAAUGCCACUGUUGUUCAAAAUGGAAAGGAGGCAGUGAUGAGUAGGAGGAGUGAUGAGCCCUGGUAAUCUGAAGUCUUCUACAUAAACAAGCAGUGUCGGGUUAUAACUGACCGGUCUGAUCUGUGCAGAGGUGUGUGUGGCAGCACCUUUCAAAUCACAGGCUGCAGCAUAUCAACACGUGUUUUGCUGCCUUCAGAUGGCAGCAGGGAUUUAUUGAAUUAAAGGAGAAGCUUUCAUUCAGUAUAAAGCAGAAAUGCCGACUGUUUCACCAACAUUUGUGUGUUCCGACAUGUUCUGUGACCACUGUAAAGUGUGACUGCAGGGGUGCUGUUGAAGGAAUGUUCUCACACACAAGGGACAACAGACAUGAGGAAUUUUGAACCUACUGUACCUGGAAAUCAGACAGAAAUAUCUGAAUAUUGUUUGGUUUUUGCCCUUUCUUUCACCCCUUUAAGAGCUUGUAUAACCUUAGUGUACAACCCCGAUUACAAAAAGUUUGGGUGAUGUAAAGAACGUAUUAAAAACAGAAUUGUAGAAUUGUAGAAUGCAUCAUUUGCUAAUCCUUUGGGACCCACAUCGAAUACAAUCCAAAGACAACGUAUCUAAUGCACAAACCGCUAAGCUUUUGUUUUUGUAUAUAAAUACACUUGUGUCGAUGCACUGUGUUUGCAUUUGCAUUUUACAAAUCAACCCAACUUUCUUGGAAUCAGGGUUGUAAUCACACCUACUUAUAGUGCGACAGUAUCCUUACAUCAGCUUGGUCACUCAUUAAAGGGGGAACUCCACCUACACAUCAAAGUGUAUAUCCAGGUGUUGUGGAGUACUACUACUACCACUACUACUGCCAUGCGAAAGAAAAGUAGUACAGGUACAUCUCAAAAAAUUAGAAUAUUGUGAAAAAGUUAAAUAUUUUUUGUAAAUGAUUUCAGAAAGUGCAACUCAUAUAUUAUAUAGAUUCAUUACACAAAGAGUGAAAUAUUUCAAGUCUGUAUCUCCUGUAAUUUUGAUGAUUAUGGCUUACAGAUAAUGAAAACACAAAACUCAGUGUCUCAGAAAAUUAGAAUAUUACAUAAUAUCAAUUAAAAAAAGGAUAUUUUAAACACAAAUGUCAGGCUUCUGAAAAGUGUGUUCAUUUAUACAUAAGAAAAACAGGCUUGAAAUAUUUCGCUCUAUGCGUAAUGAAUCUAUAUAAUAUAUGAGUUUCACUUUCUGAAAUGAUUGACAAAAAAUAUUGAACUUUUUCAUGAUAUUCUAAUUUUUUUUAUAUGUACCUGUAUAUAGCUUUUAGUGUCUCCAAAGGGAGCUGUGUAAAGUGAUAAAUAUCCUCAAGUGAUGUCACUUGUGUCUGCUUGACUCAUUUCUCUGAUUACUUCAACACCAAAUGAAUGCAGGGUUUUUCUACAUAUUAUAUGUCAGUUUUUUGGAAACAGAGGCUUGAGAGACGAGCAGAAACGAUCCUCUGCUCUUUGCAGAAAUACAAAGAGCAGAAGAGCAUUAUCGCUUGUUGACAAUGGAGAAAUGUGCUUCUGGUGGGUGUGAACAGCUCGGCUACUCCUCCUGCGAGAAUUGCCAUAUUGUGGCAAAAGUACCUAUUUAAGGUGAUCACAGAAUAUGGUAAGACACCUCCUAUAAUCUGGUUAAACUUUGAUUUUAAAAGUAAUUGAAAUGGAUCUGUUGGUUGGAGAGUGUUUAA